AUGAUAUGGAAAGCCGAGUUUGGGAGCAAACUUGAUUAUAUUCUGGAAUUACACGCCAAAGAUACUUCAGAAAUUGAUGAAAGCUACGAACUUUGUAGCUUUGAUAAGAAUUCUGAUAGUGAGGAUUCAGGAGAAUCAUCAAUGUUCAUGAAAGAUGAGGAGUUCGAUAAAAGGCUGACAAUGAUCUUGGCUUGCUUGGUUGUAGCAUCUGCGAGGCGCCUGUUGUUUCGCGAGACGUUGAAGGAUCAUCAGACUUUGCAGAAUGUGACAAUUUCGGAUGAAAAACAGAUAGGAACUUUUAGUAUGAAUCGCAGACAAAUUGAAGAGUUCAAAAGAGGUAUGAAUUCUAGGGAUUGGAUUAAGAAGACUUUAAUGGAGAGUGACAAAUCAACGCCAUUUUUUCGCAUGAAGGUUUGGGAUGUGCCUGAGUUGAAGCUGUCAAGAUGUACAAUGAAGGGGGUAACUCUGGUGGUGAUAGAGAGGAUUGAAGAGGAGAAUAAGAAGGUGGAGGAAAGCUGGGAUUGGGUGGUGAAGACUUUUGAUGGGGAAGCGGAAAAAGAGAAGGUGUUCAAUGAAGCUGUGAGGAAGUUGUUUGAGAAGAAAAGAAGUUACAUAAGCAGGGAGAUGAACUCAUCUUUUGACAUUCUUCAAUAG